AUGUACAGAUUCGUCCUGCUGCAACGUGCAGCAGCAGCAGCAGCAGCAGCAGCAGCAGCAGCGAGAGCAGCACGAGCAGCAGCAAAAGAAAUAUUAGCAACACCAGCAGCAGCAGCUGCUGCAGCACGAGCAGCAGCAGCUCCUUCUUCUCCUUUUCUUUGCGUCCCCUACCGCUGCCUGGUGCCUUUCUCUCUGCCUUCUGCUGCAGCAGCAGGAACAGCAGCAGCAGCAGCAGCAGCAGCAACAACUGCAGCAGCAGCGGCACCAUCACACCGCCAUUUUUCUUCGGAUACAGCAGCAUCAUCAGCAGCAGAAGCAAAAGCAGCAGCAGCAACAGCAGAAAGAGCAUCAUCAGCAGCAGCAGCGACAGCAACAGCAGCAGCAGCAGAAAGAGCAGCAACAGCAGCAGCAGAAGCAGCAGCAGCAGCAGCAAUAGCAGCAGAAGAAACACCCAAUCCAAACGCCCUAAAGUUUCGUCCUCUUCUCCCGCGGCCCCUCGUAAACAUAAAAGGAAAAAUCACAGCCAAGCAAUUCAACAAACUCUCAAAAGACCUUUCGGAUUCGCCCAUUGCCCAAGCCAUCCUGCAGCUGGAUGGCGUGAGCUCUGUGCUGGUUGGUGGGGGGUUUGUUUCUGUAGUGAAGGAAGCAGCAGCAGAGUGGGAGACACUCAAACCCCUUGUGCAGCAAGCCAUCAGGUCAGCAGCAGCAGCAGCAGCAGCUGCAGCAGCAGCAGCAACAGCAGCAGCAGCAGCAGCAGGAGUUUGA